GGAUGGUUAACCUGAAAAAUUAUAUAAAAGCAAUGGCUGCCAUUUUGGUGAACGCUGUGCCCCUGGUCAGUCAAGAAGUAGGUGGUACCGAUGACCAAGUGGGCGUGAUGGUGGGCCAGGUGGGCGUGAUGGUGGGCCAGGUGGGCGUGAUGGUGGGUCAGGUGGGCGUGAUGGUGGGCCAGGUGGUGGAGCGUCAUCUCACCGGCUGUCACCUGGUUCUCAUAACCACUUCACGUCACUCACACGUAUCUUCAGGUAUAAUCAGACGCUGGAAUGGUGAUAUGGAAGCUGGCGUGGUAGUGGAGGCGGGGCCGGUGACCAGCCAGGACCAGCUGGACCAGGACCACCUCCUCCAGGGGCUGUGGACCGACGCUAGAACCACCUGCCGAGGACUCGUUCUUGAUCUCACCUCCAACAACAAUACCAGCCUUAUACUUGAGUUGGUGGAGAUGUCUGGACUGUGGCGGCUGCCGGAGACGGUGGUGAUAGCCAUAGGUGGGAGGGCGGGGGUGAGGGCCGUGCUCCUCCACCACAGUCUCCGCAACACUGUCCACGCCCUCUACCUCGCUCUCCACCACACCCUUAAAUGUCCAUAUAUAUACAAAAAAAUAAAAACACUUGUUACAUGCUAUCCCUCACCUUCAGAAUUAUCAAGCAGUGUGCGGGUGUACCGGCGUUGUCUGUACUGCAACACCGGCGAGCCAGACGUCCAGCUGGUCCACCACUGGUGCCUCACCUCCCUCCCUCUUCCCUUGGACGACCUCUUUCAUGCAGAGCAGUUUCACAACUUAAUGGGCCACAAGAUCAAGUUUUCUACCAUGCCAUUUUUCCCAUAUAUGGACUAUAGAAGCAACAAUAAUGAACGAGGCAGUUCAGUGAUUCUUGUAGACUCUCUCAACACACGAUUAUUCCUCGACUUUGACAGAAGACUAAAUGUCAGUUUCGAGAUUCAGGACCAGCCAGAGCACUCUUGGGGUGUAGAAAAGUCUGGCAAGUUCUCCGGGAUGAUGGGACAACUCCAGCGAGAAGAAAUUGAUGUGUGCGGACCCCUGGCGCCACACAAUGAGCGAAUCAAGGUCAUGGAGUUCUUGAGCGCUUAUAGGGCAGACGUGAUGAAAAUUGUGUCUCUGAAGCCCACUUCCUUACCGCAACACCUCUCGCCAAUAAGACCUUUUUCAGGAAAGCUGUGGCUGGCGCUGCUGGUGAGUAUGGUGGCUUGGGGCGUGACUUUGUGGCUACUGCAGAGGACGUGGCAGUGGGCAGCAGGUGGGCGUCUGGUAGAGCUCUCCACCGCCCUGCUGUACAGUUGGGGCGCCUUGCUGCAAAACCCAGCUUCAGUUUUCCCUGUCAGCAGUUCAAGUUCAGGAAGA